AUGACAUGUCACCCGAAGGAAGCACAAGGGCUGGGAUACGGUCAAGUUGGCCAAGCGGAGACAGGGGAAGCCGGGAUACAGAGGUCGGGUUCAAACCAUAGACUUUCCGGCGGGUCAGGUACUGUGCUGGAAGAUGAUUCGGUUAUAGGCUCACCUGUUUUCGACUGUGGAACAGUUCCCUCCGAUUCCAUUGACAAACUGGAUGAAGGAUGGGCAUGCCCCAUAUGCUCAGAGACUGCUGCAGGUGAAGCUAGGAAAGAUGAUAACCUGUGUGUGAGCCACGUAAAGGCUGGUCUCUCAUCUCCCGGAAGGCGACGCCCACGGUCUCCUAGCUGCUCAACGAGCGUCCGCACUGCAUUGUCAAACAUGGUCUCAUCACAGAGCGGUAUGCACUUGAUUGUGGUCAAAAGCAUUGCAAGCCAACCGUCCACAACGACGUUUUCCUGCAACUCCAGUGGAUAG